UUAUCCGAUGGGGAAGCAGACUCAGAUUAGUCAUCGGCAACUCCCGUGUUUGCAACGUGAUCGAGUAACUAUCGCGUUGCCAGUCGCGUCACCCCACAGUAAUCCCUUCCUCUUUGUCGAAAUCCCCACCUUCGUGAUCUUCGUGGCGACACGACCCCUCUAUCGCCACCAAUACCCAAGGUCAUUCAUCGAAAAAGUCAGCGCAUGCCGGGUUCGGUAGGCAGACAUAGCCAUACAACCGCAGACAUGGUGAAGCGCAAUCCUCCACCACGCUCUGCUGUUUGGCCCCCGGAGCGCCAACCAUUCGGCUUACCCAAUCGACCGGAACCAGUCAAUCGAACGGAACCAACCAGCCGAGCUCCACCGGUCUUUUCCCGUCCGGACGGGUGUUGUCGGUGGAUUGGGUGCCGUAAGACGCCCCAAACUCCAGCCUCGCUACGUGAACAUCUGGUGACGCACAUACCGAGAGUAGAGUUCCCGUUCAACUGUGAAUGGGAAGCCUGCGGAAAGCCGCUUUCCUCCCGGGACGAGGGAGUCAAUCAUCUGAUCCGUUGGCACCUCCAAUACGACGGGAGGCUAGAUGCGCUUCCGGUUAGAAAGUUGGUGCCAUCUUCAAGGCCGUGUCGGUGGCAUGGGUGUGAAUACCGUGUUUCUAAGGAUGCCGUGGUGAAUAUGGCUAAACACGCUGUGUCUGCGCACGUCAAUAGGAGAAGCCAGCCCAAUGUUUCACGGGCGUGUGAGUGGGAGGGUUGCGGUGAGAUCUUCAUCACUGCCCGUCUGCUUGCCGACCAUCUCACUGUAAUCCACGCGAGAUUCUUUGGACCGGCGGUUAUUUGUUACUGCGGGGAGCUGAUAGGAAAGUCGGCCGUCAAGGCGCAUGAAAAUUCUUGCGCUGUUCAGAAUAACCUGCUGACACCACCUGCGACUACAAUCACCAUCGAGUCAGACCCCCCAUCUACUCGCGCUCAGAAGCGGGACCACAGCGACUCCGAGUACAGCCCACAACCCAUUGCAAACGAGCCUCGCAAGAUCAAGAACCGCCGCACCACGUUCAUCGAUCUCUCGCACAACGAUCCUCCUGUUGAGAUGGAGACGUCUCCCGAGCCACCGGAUGAGUCGCCCGACGAUGAUCAGUCACUACCGGGUCCCAAAGCGAGCCGAGGAAGCCAGAGCGUGGCGUUCCCGACGCUGGAGCAACAGCAGAGAAUGGACGAGGAGAUGAUGCGCAAGCGUGCCGAGGAGAGGGGAAAGCGUCGCUUGGAGUACAAGCAGCAGAAGGAACAGCAACAGGAGCCGAAGACGCAAGACCUUCAUGCGAGUCCGCAUCGCGAUCAGCACCAUCAAGAGACACCGAAGACGCUGGACCCCCGUCUCACCCCACGCACCGGAUCCUACGAGACUCCACAGCCGGGUACCCGUCAGACCGACACUUCAAAACUGAAACGGGCUCAAGACGCCAUGCGAUUGCUCGUUGAGUCUUUCCACAAUCCGGAACACCAGCCGAAAUCCAUAGAGGCGGAUAUGGUGUCGGGAUCCCGCCACAGGCAGCCCGACCAGCCCUCCAACCCCGACCAGGACUCGGCGCUCACCGCUCCCACCAGCGGCGCCCCGGCCGACACCCCCCAGUCCGACGACCCCCUCGCAGGUACCGACGAACAGCAAAAUGCCGUCGGCCGCGUCAUCGCGCUCGCGGACAAGCUCCAGGGCCUCUCCGACACCAUCCGCGCGGCAGUGCAAGUCCUCCCGGCUAGCUACAUCGAAGGCCUGAACUACGAGCUCGGCAACGACUGGGCGGUCGACGAGAUGAGGACCAUGGUCGAGGGUGUCAUCAAGGUCUACGGAUACGGCGGAAACCGUGGAUGGACCGCGGGAGACGAGCACCCGCAGUGGAACACUUCCACUAGACAGCAGCAGCAGCAGCAGGAAUAGAGGUUUGGAGUUGUGCGGUGCGCGGUGCUUUUGUGCUGCUGCCCUCCAAAAUGGCGCGGGCGAUGGAGUUUGGUUUCGGUCUCGGUCUGGCUUUUUCUUGUUUUUGUGGGGGAGGGGGUGGCGUUGCGUGCUGUGCUGUAUUUCUUCUUGCCCCAUGGCUGCUUGACUGCUAGAGUUGCAUACUUUUUCUCGACCAACCGCUUUACCUGCAUACAGAGAUUCUUUUACUUUUGCUUUUGCUAUACCUUACUUGACCCUACAUACUCGAUAGGUACUUGAUACUGUUAGGGCCCGUUUGGAUGGCCUCA